AUGGAAGCAGGGCCACAGGACGCUCCACUUCAAUGUCUUAUAAAACGUGACAAGAAGAAUGGAACAUUUUACCUCUAUCUUGCUCUCUCACCAUCAUUCACGGACAAAGGAAAGUUUCUCCUAGCAGCACGGAGAUACAGACGUGGUGCCCACACUGAGUACAUUAUAUCACUGGAUGCUGAAGAUUUAUGUCAAGGAAGUAAAGCUUAUGUUGGAAAGUUAAGGUCAAAUUUCCUGGGCACAAAUUUCACAAUCUACGACAGCCAAGCACCAUACGAAGGAGCAAAGCCAUCGAACGGCAGAGCAGGGCGCCGUGUGGCAAGCAAGCAGAUAAGCCCCCAGGUGCCAGCCGUCAACUUCGAAGUGGGACAGGUGUCCUACAAAUUCAAUCUCUUGAAAUCCAGAGGUCCAAGAAGGAUGAUGUGCUCUCUUACAUGCCCAUCAUCAUUAUCAGAGAAAAUCUCGACGAAGAAGAAGGUGGAGGAGUUCUCUCCAGUUCCUGGAUAUACAGUUCUGAAGAAUAAAGCUCCGAGAUGGCACCAGCACUUGGAAUGCUGGUGCUUGAAUUUCCACGGUAGGGUUACAGUUGCUUCGGUCAAGAACUUUCAGGUUGUGGCCACUAUCGAUCAGAGUAAGCCAGGUGGAAAGGGCGAUGAGGAAACUGUGCUCCUACAGUUUGGUAAAGUUGGUGACGACACUUUCACUAUGGAUUUUAGGCAGCCUCUCUCGGCGUUUCAGGCCUUUGCUAUUUGCUUGACCAGCUUCGGAACUAAACUCGCGUGCGAGUGAGAAUAUAUAUAUGUAUAACAAGAAACCUUAAAAAAUAUGUUGGGAUUUGUUGUCCUGAUUUUGCCCCCUGUUGUUGUUUAUCUAUCUAUUCUUAUGUUUGUUCUGAUUGCCAAUAAAUAUUGUAUGUAAAUUAUUAUCCCAUAAUUGUGUUGUUAUUAGUUAGUUAUUACACU